CGCAUGCCCAGUGGAGGUCCGUUUGAGUGGCAAGUUGUUUGUUACACUGUAACACCAGCUGCUUUCUGCACUCUGGAGCUUCUGCUGCCUCUGAGCUCCUUUAACUCCUUUUGCCUCUGGUCCUUUGCAUAGCUUCCCCUUCGCCCCCUCUUCUCUUGCUUUAAACCUCUUUCUAACUUUCACAUCGGUUUCCCUCCCCCCGCUCCCUCCCCUUUCCUGGAGUCUUAAAGGGGGAGAAGAAAAUUAAUCAUAAAAACCCUCCCAUUUAAAAAAAAAUUAUUUAAUAAUAAUAAUAAAAAAAUUGAACCCAGAUAUAGAUGAACUACAAAUGAGAAAAAGGAAAAGAUGGAGCUGCACAUUUUAGAGCACAGGCUCAAAGUAGCCAGCAUAGCCAAGGAGAGCAUCCAGCUGUUUACCUAUGGAUUAAUCAAACUUGCUUUCCUUUCCUCCAAGACCAGGUGCAAGUUCUUCAGUCUCACGGAAACGCCAGAAGACUAUACGAUCAUUGUGGAUGAAGAGGGGUUUCUAGAGCUCCCUUCAUCAGAACACUUGAGUGUGGCAGAUGCUACUUGGCUGGCUCUCAAUGUGGUUUCAGGCGGAGGCAGCUUCUCCAGCUCCCAGCCCAUCGGGGUGACCAAGAUUGCCAAGUCAGUAAUAGCGCCGCUGGCUGACCAAAACAUUUCUGUAUUCAUGCUGUCCACCUAUCAGACGGACUUCAUCCUGAUACGUGAGCGGGACCUGCCCUUCGUGAUGCAUACGCUGGCUGCUGAGUUCACCAUCCUCAGAGUCGUGAAUGGGGAGACGGUGGCUGCCGACGACUUCGGGAUAACAAAUGGGUUUGUCAAGCCAAAAUUGGUUCAGAGGCCUGUUAUCCAUCCUCUUUCCAGUCCAAGUAAUAUGUUCUGUGUCACCAGCCUGGAUCCAGAUACCCUUCCAACUGUUGCUACACUCCUAAUGGAUGUCAUGUUUUACUCCAAUGGAGUAAAAGACACGGUGGUGGGCAGUGAAGACUCUGGACACAUUCGCUUUUUCUCCUUCUCUCUCAUUGAGGGUUACAUCUCCUUGGUGAUGGAUGUACAGACACAGCAGAGGUUUCCUAAUAAUUUGUUGUUUACAAGUGCAUCUGGAGAACUCUGGAAGAUGGUUCGGAUUGGCGGGCAGCCACUUGGCUUUGAUGAAUGUGGAAUUGUUGCUCAGAUUUCUGAGCCUUUGGCUGCCUCCGACAUCCCAGCCUACUACAUCAGUACUUUUAAGUUUGAUCAUGCAUUGGUACCUGAAGAAAAUAUAAAUGGUGUAAUCAACGCACUCCAAGUCAGUCAAGCUGAAAAACAUUAGAAAUCUUCUGAGCUGGUUGCAGAUGCUUUUUUAUUAUUAUUCUUUUUCUCACAGUAUUUCUUGAAAAAUCUGAUUCCGGAGAGAGAGAUUGAGGUGCCAUGAAAAAAGACUGAACUGAUGAGCAGAAGCAACUCCAACAAGCUUUUUUUCUUUCUUUCUUAAAAGUGGGAGGGUUUAUGAUAUGAUGGUUUCCUGACAUUAGACUCCAAAGCAAACUGCUUUCCUGCUUUUUUGGUGCGAAAGGAAUUGCAGGUAGACAGGCAGCCUCUCACUGAAAUGCAGAGGUAUAGACAGAUUGCAUACACAGUAGCUUUAGGGAAAGCUUCAAAACAACACCUGAAGGGGAAGAGCUGCUUUUUUAGCAGAGAGCAUGAAAAGCAUAAAUGAAAGAAAUGUGGAAUUAAAAGGAAAACAAAACGUUGAACUGUAUUGAUCUUUCCACUAGCAUCAGACUAUAUAAAAAUGGUAACAAUCCCUUAUGAUUUAUGCUCAGAUUGGGUACUAUUUUCCUUCACAAUUCAAUGUUGUGAGAGGGUGAGAAAUAAACUAUUUUUUUCUUCUGCAAUUUAGAAUUGGCUGAACAGAGAACGUUGCAGCAUGGUUCUUUAUUAAGGGCUAUCUUCUGCCGAUCUGUACUUCGGGGGCCUCUGUGUGCUGUUGAAGUUGUGUACAUUAGCUCCAUUUUCCACAGUCCCCCAACAUCCUCUUACUACAACAUUGUGUCCAGGCAUCCUUCCAAGCCCAAGAAAGUUUGCCAUUCUCUGAUGUCCAUUAUCUCAUGCCAUCCCUUCCCUUUUUCCCGAUUCCCAAGCUCUUAACAUGUAGGGAUUGAGGUUGGUUAUCAUGAGGCCCACUUGCGUAACCAGCCUAGUAGAUGCAGGUGAUGUAUGCUCAAAUCCACUCCCUUCCAUUCCUACUGAGCCACUUUUGCUCCCCUGAUGCUGUUCCACCACAUCUCUAUUCACAAGGGUAAGGAAGCAUCCGAAAGUCCCGAGCUCAUGGCUUCCUCAAAUGAGGACUCCUCCUGGACGCAACAUUGGUUUUAUCAGUGUAGCUCAGGGCUCUGUUGCCUUUCUACACCCACUCACGUCCUUCUGCGGCCAACGCUUUUGGUGAACGUAUUGCCAUACAGUAAAACGGUUGGCCAAGAGCGCUGUGCUUUUGCAGGGGAUGUUGAUACCCGUGCCCUUGGGUUCCUAUUUAUUUCACCUGCUACUUAAUUUCUUUGGUGAAACAUGGUUCUGGUUUGGCUGUGAAGCUAGGAGUGGGAGUAUUUCAUUGACUCGGUCUCUUUUCUAACUACAAAGUCGCGAGGGCCUGCUCCAAAGCCACUGAGUGCUACAGAAAUGUGCUGAAACUCUGACCUGCUUCCUUAUCCCUGUAUUACCAGUUCUUUUAGAGGAAAGUGAUGUUGGUCUUUAAUAGACAGCCCUACGCCUGCAGUCCUGCUGGGAGCUGCUUACGUUUUGACAUCCUCUUGCAAAAGAAGCAAUGAGCCAGUGGGAACGAAGCUCAGUAGCCCAACAUUUUACCUGGUGCCAUGCAUCUUCUUCAGCCCACUUCAGAACUGCCCCGCGGUCAGGACAGGGGUCGAGCUGAUGGUGAGUAUAGAGCGGGGAAGGCAAGCAUCACAUAGUAGUCUGCAAUGAAUGCACCUGAAAUGCCAUACAUCAGCAACAACCCUCU